AAAUGCAGUUUUAGAUAUCUGAAAUGUAAUUACGGAUAGUCAGACAAAUGGAUUUUAUGUUAAAACGGCCUGCCAUACUCAAAAGUGUUCUUCCAAAUAUGUUGAAUCCGUAUUUGCUGUGUCCGGACCAGACUGACGGCUUCACGUACGAUCCUCACUGACGCACUGGGGGCGUGGCUUCGCUUACGACGCGGUGGAGUUUACCCAGCUAGCGAGUUAGCUUGUUGAAAAUGGCCAGCUGGGUAAAAGUUGCUGCUCUCUUUAGGGGUGUCUUGAGGAUCCCUCGGUGUCUGAAAACCUUCGCGCAGUGGCGUACUGUCGGCCCCGGUGUUCUGGGCUCUGUAAUUGGCACCGGUGCUAUCUGUUAUUACCAGUGUCAUGUAAACAACAGGACUCUACCCUUCGCCGUUCAUGCUAAGGAAGAAAAAGAAGCUACAGCUCCCCAGAUGUCUGCCAGAAAAGCCCGUUUCAACCAGUUCGCCUCAGUCGUCUAUGACGAGGAGGCCUACAUGACCCCCAGAGACUUCCUGUUUUCUGCGAUGCUAGAGAAAGUUGAUCGAAAGCUAAAAAAGAGAAUUAUAACAAAACAGGCUGUAAAAAGUAUGUUGGUGGCUGCCUCUAAAGCUCGUGCGGGUAAUGAUCUCUUCAGAAGCCUGGGAGACAAUGGUCUGAUAUCCUACACCGAAUAUCUGUUCCUGCUGACCAUCCUGACCAAGCCACACACUGGAUUUCAUAUUGCUUUCAAAAUGCUUGAUGUUGACGGCAAUGAGCAUGUGGACAAAAAGGAGUUUCUCAAGCUCAAGAAAAUCAUGGGAAAAAAUAAAAUGAGAGUCCCUAUAGAGACUACAGAGAACCCAGCAGAUGAAGGGGAAGGUGUGAACACGACACUACAGGCCUACUUCUUUGGGAAGAAAGGGGACAACAAGUUACAGUUUCAGGACUUCUGCCGGUUCAUGGAAAACCUACAAGCUGAAGUCCAGGAGAUGGAGUUUCUGCAGUUCUCCAAAGGUAUGGACACCAUGCGGAGAGAAGAUUUUGCAGAGUGGCUGCUACACUACACCAACACAGAAGACAACGAGGUCUACUGGGAAAACAUGAGGAAGAAUAUACCUGCGGGUCAGAGUAUCACAUUUGAUGAGUUCAAAGCCUUCUGCCUGUUCACCAACAACCUGGAAGAUUUUGCCUUCUCAAUGAAAAUGGUCUCUGAAGCCAACCGUCCUGUGGGAAUAGCUCAAUUCAAGCGGGCUGUGAAGAUUGCCACAGGCCAUGAGCUUUCGGAGAAUGUGCUGGACACUGUGUUUAAACUCUUUGACAUGGAUGGAGACAACUGCCUGAGCCACAAGGAGUUCAUUAAUGUGAUGAACGAUCGGGUACUGCGGGGUCUAAAGGGAGAAAAGGGAAUUAAUUUCAGUCAUAAAAAUCCUAAACAAGGAGGAGGAAAGGAGUUACACUGGAUCACUAAACAUAAGGUGCAGCCUCAAACUGGCAUCUCUGGCUACUGGAGGUGUGUGAAGCGAGAGACACUGAAGGCAGCUCAGGAGGCCCUGGGAGACACUGGCGGUCCCAUCUGAACCACCGACAAGUACCAAUGAUCAUGCUCACCACUCCUAUCUUCACUUGUGUGAAUAAAAUAAUAUGCAUAACCACAUGUAAAAGAAUAAAGGGUUACAGCAC